AUGGACGCGGCGCAGGGCUCCUUCUUCGCCAAUCAUUGGCCCAAUGCCGCCGCCGCCGAGCAAGCCGAGAGACCGCGGCUGAAGCUUCGCUCCGCUUGUGACUUCUGCCACGCCGCCAAGGUCAAGUGCUCGGGCGAGCCCGUGUGCGCCCGCUGCCAGAGCCAGGAGCUGCCGUGCAGCUACAGCUACGCCAUGCGCGCCGGCAAGCCGCGCGGCAGCCGCAACAAGAAGACGCUGGAGAAACAAGCUCGAUUGCGCCAGCAGUACGCAGCCGCCUCCCGCACCACUCCGCGCAACGACGAUUGGCAGAACACGCCGUUGGACCCGGCCCUGUGGGUCGACGAUGCUAGCGCGGGGAUGGACAUCGAUUACUUUAGCGCAGACUUUACAGGCGGCGCAGACAAACCAUCAUCGCCCGGCCCGCACGCCGGCUUCGGGACGACCGCCGGCACCAUCAAUCCCACCGGCCCAGACGGCUUCGCGGACGUCGAUCCGUUCCUGCUAGCCGACGAUGUCCUCACGCCGCCGCCCGAGCCGAUUCACGCCCAGAUGCUCCGGGCCGACCGCGAGAUUUCCGAGCCUGGAUCAUCCAUCAGCAGCAGCAGCUUCUCGCAGAAUAGCAGCGCGCAAUCUUGCGAUUGCUUCGACGUCCAAACCGCAAACCUCAGCGCGCUCCACUCGCUCCACCGCACGCUCCAGUCCCAGUCGUCCGCCUGCCGCCGCAUCGACAUCUGCGUCCAGCGCAUCAACGCAGCGCUGACGUCAUGCCGGGAUUUCCUCCGCUGCGGCCGGUGCCCGAAAGACUCGUUCGCCGUCCUCUUGACCAUUUCCGCAUUCCAGCUCGUGCUGCGGCUAUUCGAACAUCUGGUCGCGCAACGCCAGCAACAAUCGAACUCCGACUCGGCGAUGGACACUGCUACUGGCGCGACCGUCAGCUCAGGGAAUUCGACUGGCGUACCACCCUGCCUGAUCGGCGAAUACCAAGUCAGCGAGGAGGAAUACACGGCUAUCCGCACGGUAUUGGUGCGACGAGCGUUGCAGAAGGGCGAGGAGACACUGGCGUCGCUGAAGAGCUUGGCCGAGUGUUCUUCGCCGGCAACCCCCGAGGCUGUUCAAUCUCCGACGAAUGCCGGCUUUGGUAGCCCGGGGAACUGCUUGUCGCCGCUGUCGCUCGUGUCGCGGCCGCCGACGGCUACGAGCGGCGAAGCGGAAGACCUGAAGGAGAAGGAUAAAAGGUGCUGCGCAGACCCGGCGAGGUCGAGUCUGAGCGGCGCGGAUGUGGUGUACCUCAAGCAGGUCAUCUGUCGGAGCGAAGCCGUGUUGGAGUUGUUCAUACGGAACGUGUCCAGGGACUUAUAUAUUAUUUAA